AACCAAAAUUCUCAAUCAAAUAAUUAUUUGCUAGUGAUGGAGUAUGCUGAUUCUGGUCCUCUUAAAAAUUAUUUAAAGGAAAACUUCAAUAGUCUUACAUGGAAUGAUAAAUAUAACUUUGCAAGCCAAUUAGCCUGUGCCGGGUCAUAUUUACAUAAUGAAGGAAUAGUGCAUCGUGAUUUGCACUCCGGUAAUGUAUUGGUCCAUCAAAAUAUUAUCAAAUUAUCUGACUUUGGGUGGUCAAAGAGAAUUGAAUCUUCAUCUAACGCACAAUCAAAACUUUUUGGAAUGAUUCCUUACGUUGAUCCAAAAAGAUUUAGCGGACAAAUAUUUUCGUUAAAUAAAAAAAGUGAUAUCUAUAGUGUUGGUGUAUUAUUCUGGGAGAUAUCUAGUGGUCAACCUCCCUUUUAUUCUAAAGGCGAACAAUAUGAUAUUGAUUUGGCUUUAGAAAUUUCACAGGGCCUUAGAGAAGAACCCAUUCCCGAUACACCUGAAGAUUAUGUUGAUAUUUAUACCG